GGUCCAGAGCUCUGCUGCUGUUUGUGUUUCCAAUUCAGAGGAGCCCAACGGUGCGCAGGUGCUCCCGUGGGUUGGGGUGUCAGCAGCUGGCGAGAGCUGCUCUCCGCCUCGGGAGCCUGCUGAGCAACAGGAGCGCGGAAAAAGAAAGCAAGAGAAUAAGAGGAAGCAGCGAGGCAAAAGGGCAGAGGAGGAAGGAGUUAAGGAAACCGGGACCUCUCCACGGGUCACACUCAAUCAGGUGGAGGUGGUGGACAUAACAACACACAGGCAUGCUAGCAAGCCUCUUAUGUAAAGAAAAGAAAGGGAAUUAACAUUUACAGGAUGAAAAGAUGGCAAUGUUGCCUCCCCCAGGACCUGAGAGCUUCGUCUACUUCACUAGACAGUCUCUUGCACUCAUUGAACAACGCAUCGCUGAAGGAAAAUCUAAGGAACCUAAAGAGGAGAAAACAGAUGAGGAAGAAGAAGGCCCAAAGCCAAGUAGUGACUUGGAAGCUGGUAAACAGCUCCCAUUUAUCUAUGGAGACAUUCCUCCAGGGAUGGUGUCAGAGCCCUUGGAAGAUAUGGACCCAUACUAUAUGGAUAAAAAAACAUUCAUAGUAUUGAAUAAAGGGAAAACAAUUUUCCGAUUCAGUGCCACCUCUGCCUUGUACAUGUUAACACCUUUCAGCCUGAUUAGAAGGAUUUCUAUUAAGAUUUUGGUUCAUUCCUUAUUCAGCAUGCUCAUCAUGUGUACUAUCCUGACUAAUUGUAUAUUUAUGACAAUGAGUAACCCUCCAGAUUGGACAAAGAACGUUGAGUACACUUUCACUGGAAUAUAUACUUUUGAAUCACUGGUAAAAAUCCUUGCAAGAGGCUUCUGUAUAGGGCCAUUUACUUUCCUUCGUGAUCCCUGGAACUGGCUUGACUUCAUUGUCAUUUGUUUUGCGUUUUUAACAGAAUUUGUAAACCUAGGCAAUGUUUCAGCUCUUCGAACUUUCAGAGUAUUGAGAGCUUUGAAAACUAUUUCUGUAAUCCCAGGAUUGAAGACCAUUGUGGGGGCUCUGAUCCAGUCAGUAAAGAAGCUUUCUGAUGUCAUGAUUCUGACCCUGUUUUGUCUGAGUGUAUUUGCUCUCAUUGGGCUACAGCUGUUCAUGGGCAACCUGAGGCAUAAGUGUGUGCGAUGGCCCCUAGAAGAUGAAAAUAUAACAAUAGAAAACAUAAAUGUUCUUUGUGAAAUGGAAAAUUACACAAGCUAUUUCUAUCAUUUGGAAGGACAAAAGGAUGCUCUUCUUUGUGGUAAUGGCACUGAUGCAGGCCAGUGUCCAGAAGGAUAUAUGUGUGUGAAAGCCUGCACCAAUCCAGAUUAUGGCUACACAAGCUUUGACACCUUCAGUUGGGCCUUCUUGGCCUUAUUUCGAUUAAUGACUCAAGACUUCUGGGAAAAUCUUUACCAACAGACUUUACGUGCUGCUGGGAAGACUUACAUGAUGUUUUUUGUCGUGGUAAUUUUCUUGGGCUCAUUUUAUCUGAUAAACUUGAUCCUGGCUGUUGUUGCCAUGGCCUAUGAAGAACAGAACCAGGCAACCAUUGAAGAAGCUCGGCAAAAAGAGUUAGAAUUUCAGCAGAUGUUGGAGCGGCUCAAAAAAGAACAAGAAGAAGCAGAGGCAAUAGUAGCAGCUGCAGAUGAGUAUACAAGUAUUGGUGGAGGCAAAGUUAUGGGACUUUCAGAAAGUUCUUCUGAAACAUCCAAAUUGAGCUCAAAGAGUGCUAAAGAAAGGCGUAACCGAAGGAAGAAAAAGAAUCAGAAGAAACAAUCCAGUGGGGAGGAAAAGAGAGACAAUGAAAAAUUAUCUAAAUCUGAAUCAGAUGAGAGUAUCAGGAGGAAAAGUUUCCAUCUUAGUGUUGAAGGACAUAGACUACCUCGAGAAAAGAGGAUGUCUUCUCCCAAUCAGUCCCCCCUUAGCAUCCGUGGUUCCUUGCUUUCUGCAAGACGCAGCAGUAGAACAAGUCUUUUUAGCUUCAGGGGUCGAGGAAAGGAUAUUGGAUCGGAAACUGACUUUGCUGAUGAUGAGCAUAGUAUCUUUGGAGACAAUGAAAGCAGAAGAGGUUCUCUGUUUGUGCCACACAGGCACAGAGAACGACGGAGUAGUAACAUCAGCCAAGCCAGUAGGUCUCCUCGGAUGCUCCCAGCGAAUGGAAAGAUGCACAGUGCCGUGGAUUGCAAUGGUGUGGUGUCCCUGGUCGAUGGUCCUAUGGCCCUCAUGCUGCCUAAUGGACAGCUUUUGCCAGAGGUGAUAAUAGAUAAGGCAACUUCCGAUGACAGUGGCGGGACAACUAAAAUAGACCCAAAUAAAAGACGAUCAAGUUCUUACCACCUUUCUAUGGAUAUGUUAGAUGAUCCCACUGUCAGACAAAGAGCACUGAGCAUAGCCAGCAUAAUAACAAACACAAUGGAAGAACUUGAAGAAUCCAGACAGAAAUGUCCACCUUGGUGGUAUAAGUUUGCUAAUACUUUUCUCAUCUGGAAUUGCUCACCACACUGGUUGAAAUAUAAAAAGUUUGUCCAUUUAAUUGUGAUGGAUCCAUUUGUUGAUCUUGCCAUUACGAUUUGCAUAGUUUUAAAUACACUGUUUAUGGCCAUGGAACAUUACCCAAUGACUGAAGGAUUUAAAAAUGUGCUUUAUGUGGGAAACCUGGUCUUCACUGGGAUUUUCACCGCAGAAAUGGUUUUAAAGCUAAUUGCCUUGGAUCCAUAUGAGUAUUUCCAAGUAGGCUGGAACAUUUUUGAUAGUGUCAUUGUGACCCUUAGUUUAGUGGAGCUUUUCCUAGCCAAUGUGGAAGGAUUGUCUGUCCUCCGUUCAUUCAGAUUGCUACGAGUUUUCAAGUUGGCAAAAUCUUGGCCAACACUGAACAUGCUGAUAAAAAUCAUUGGCAACUCAGUGGGGGCUCUGGGAAACCUCACCUUGGUGUUGGCCAUCAUUGUCUUCAUUUUUGCUGUGGUUGGCAUGCAGCUCUUUGGCAAGAGCUACAAAGAAUGUGUCUGUAAGAUCAACAGUGAUUGUGAACUGCCUCGUUGGCACAUGAAUGACUUUUUUCACUCCUUCCUGAUUGUGUUCCGGGUGCUGUGUGGAGAAUGGAUAGAGACCAUGUGGGACUGUAUGGAGGUGGCAGGUCAAUCCAUGUGCCUCAUUGUUUACAUGAUGGUCAUGGUGAUUGGAAACCUAGUGGUACUGAACCUUUUUCUGGCUUUGUUACUGAGCUCAUUUAGUUCAGAUAAUCUUACAGCAAUUGAAGAAGAUACUGAUGCAAACAAUCUUCAGCUUGCAGUGGUGAGGAUCAAAAAAGGAGUAAAUUAUGUGAAAAAAAACAUACGUGAACUCAUUCAAAAAGCAUUUGUUAAGAAGCCAAAGAUUUCAAACGAGAUCAGAAGAGUUGAUGAUCAGAAUAGUAAAAAGGAAAAUUACAUACCCAACCGUACACUUGCUGAAAUAAGCAAAGAUCAACAUUUUCACAUAGAAAGAGAUGGAACCAGUGGUUUUGGCAGCAGCAUGGAAAGAUACAUGAUGGAUGAGAGUGACUAUCAAUCUUGCAUUCACAAUCCUAGCCUCACAGUAACAGUACCAAUUGCCCUGGGAGAAUCUGAUUUUGAAAAUGUAAAUACUGAAGAAUUUAGCAGUGAGUCAGAUGUUGAAGGCAGCAAGGAGCGAGUAAACCGAUCUAGCUCCUCUGAAGGCAGCACAAUUGAUAAUGCUAUCCCUGAGGACCAAGAAGAAGCCGUGGCUGAACCUGAAAAUUCAGAUGAGCCAGAGGCCUGUUUUACAGAUGGUUGUGUACGAAGGUUCCCAUGCUGUCAAGUUAGUGUAGAAUCUGGCAAAGGAAAAAUUUGGUGGAACAUGAGGAAGACCUGCUACAGAAUAGUAGAACACAAUUGGUUUGAGAGUUUUAUUGUCCUCAUGAUCCUUCUCAGCAGUGGUGCUUUGGCUUUUGAAGAUAUCUACAUUGAACAGAGAAAGACCAUUAGGACUGUACUGGAGUAUGCUGACAAGAUUUUCACUUAUGUCUUCAUUCUGGAAAUGCUUCUAAAAUGGGUAGCAUAUGGUUAUAAAACAUAUUUUACUAAUGCCUGGUGCUGGCUGGACUUCUUGAUUGUUGAUGUAUCUAUAAUUACUCUUGUAGCCAGUACUCUUGGAUACUCAGACCUUGGUCCUAUUAAAUCCCUCCGGACACUAAGAGCUUUAAGACCACUCAGAGCUUUAUCUCGAUUUGAAGGAAUGAGGGUGGUGGUAAAUGCUCUUUUAGGAGCAAUUCCAUCCAUUAUGAACGUACUACUGGUCUGCCUUAUCUUCUGGCUAAUUUUUAGCAUUAUGGGAGUAAAUCUGUUUGCUGGCAAGUUCUAUGAGUGCAUUAACACCACAGAUGGCAACAGGUUUCCUGUAAGCAUGGUUGAGACUCGUGAGCAGUGUGAACAACUCAUGAAUAGUAGCCAUGAUGUACGGUGGAAAAAUGUGAAAGUGAACUUUGAUAAUGUUGGAAUUGGUUACCUUUCUCUGCUUCAAGUUGCCACAUUUAAAGGAUGGAUGGAUAUUAUGUAUGCAGCUGUUGAUUCGGUUAAUAUAAAUUUUCAGCCCAAAUAUGAAGCAAGCCUCUACAUGUAUCUUUACUUUGUCAUCUUUAUCAUCUUUGGGUCAUUCUUCACUUUGAAUCUCUUCAUUGGUGUCAUCAUAGAUAAUUUCAAUCAACAGAAAAAGAAGCUUGGAGGCCAAGAUAUCUUUAUGACAGAGGAACAGAAGAAAUACUACAAUGCAAUGAAAAAGCUGGGGUCCAAGAAACCACAAAAGCCAAUACCCAGGCCAGGGAACAAAAUCCAAGGAUGUAUAUUUGAUAUGGUGACAAAACAAGCUUUUGAUAUUACAAUUAUGGUACUUAUUUGUCUUAACAUGGUCACCAUGAUGGUAGAAAAAGAUGAACAAAGUGCGACCAUGACCAAUGUUUUAUAUUGGAUAAACAUGGUUUUUAUUAUCUUAUUCACUGGAGAAUGUGUGCUGAAGCUGGUCUCCCUCCGCCAUUAUUACUUCACUAUUGGAUGGAACAUUUUUGAUUUUGUGGUGGUCAUUCUGUCCAUUGUAGGUAUGUUUCUAGCUGAUAUAAUAGAAAAAUAUUUUGUGUCUCCUACCCUGUUUCGAGUGAUCCGGCUGGCCAGGAUUGGCCGAAUUCUUCGUCUCAUCAAAGGAGCAAAGGGAAUCCGAACACUGCUCUUUGCUUUGAUGAUGUCCCUCCCUGCUCUGUUUAACAUCGGGCUCCUGCUCUUCCUGGUCAUGUUUAUCUAUGCCAUCUUUGGAAUGUCCAAUUUUGCCUAUGUUAAAAAGGAAGCUGGAAUUAAUGACAUGUUCAACUUUGAAACCUUUGGCAACAGCAUGAUCUGCCUCUUCCAAAUUACCACAUCUGCUGGUUGGGAUGGUUUGCUUGCACCCAUUCUUAACAGUGGACCACCAGACUGUGACCCUGAAAAAGUUCAUCCUGGAAGCUCAGUCAAAGGAGAUUGUGGUAACUCCUCUGUUGGUAUUUUCUAUUUUGUCAGUUACAUCAUCAUCUCAUUCCUGGUGGUUGUAAACAUGUACAUUGCUGUUAUCCUGGAGAAUUUCAGUGUUGCUACUGAAGAGAGUGCUGAGCCACUGAGCGAGGAUGACUUUGAGAUGUUCUAUGAGGUUUGGGAGAAGUUUGAUCCUGAUGCCACCCAGUUCAUAGAAUACAGUAAACUCUCUGAUUUUGCAGCUUCAUUAGAUCCUCCUCUUCUUAUAGCAAAACCAAACAAAGUCCAGCUCAUAGCCAUGGACCUACCCAUGGUAAACGGGGACCGAAUUCACUGCCUUGACAUCUUAUUUGCUUUUACAAAGCGUGUGUUGGGUGAAAGCGAAGAGAUGGACACCCUACGUUUACAGAUGGAAGAGCGGUUUGUGGCUGCAAAUCCUUCCAAAGUUUCUUAUGAACCCAUUACUACUACUCUAAAACGAAAACAAGAGGAAGUGUCAGCUACAAUCAUUCAGCGAGCGUUUAGACGUUACCGCUUAAGACAAAAUGUCAAAAACAUAUCGGGCAUAUAUAACAAAGGUGAUGAAAGAGUUGAUCUGGCUACGAAAGAAGAUAUGGUCUUUGGUAAGGGUAAUGAAAACUCAACUCCAGAGAAAACAGAUGAAGUGACUCCUUCUACCACCUCCCCACCUUCUUAUGAUAGUGUGACAAAGCGAGACAAAGAGAAAUAUGAAAAAGACAAAACAGAAAAGGAAGACAAAGACAAAGACAAAGAUGGCAGGGAAGGCAAUAAAUAAUGGAGAAUUCAGUUUUGCCAUCAAUAGUUUAUAGCCGGGAAAUGACCUAUUAUGUCAAUGGGACUUUUUAGGAGGUUUAUGCCAAACUGACUGGGUUUUUUUUUAAUCACUAUAAGCUUAAAGUCAGUACUCCUAACGAGUAUAAUGACCCUUCAUUGAC